GGCCCGAUCAAUUAUGUUCAGACAUUCAUUAUAGGCAUGCUAUUGGCCUGCGCUGUACGCUAUCGGCCCAACGUAUAUCUGGGCGGCACUAUUGGUCAUCUGAUCCUAUGGUUUGGCACCGCAUGUAUUACUUUGGGUCACAUGUAUUGGCAGAGAAAAAUGAUCAUGCCUGGAUUUCAAUACGCAGAGGGCGAACAACUUCUCUAUUUAAUCAUUCAUAAACCCGUAUAUCUAACGUGGUUUGCAUGGCUUAUAUACGCCACGUGUACCGGAAGGGGAGGUUAUUUUUCUGAAAUACUCGGUUGGAAAGGGUUUAAAAUAGUAGAUAACAUGUCGCUCGAAAUCUAUAUUAUGCACUCAUUUGUGUUCGUAUAUAGGAUUGGUAUGCAAAGAGAGCACCGGACAUACAAUGAAUAUUAUAUUUGGUCGUCAGCGAUGGCAGACUUCGUGUUUAGUUAUGUGAUUGGAGUGAUCACAGGAUUUCUGGUGAGCCGUCCGUUUGCGGCGAUGACCACAGCAUUGCUUCGUCCGCCACAACGCGUCCCCAAAGCAGUGGUCAAUGAGGAGGGAUUGGACGCCAAGAAUACCCAUAAUAACGAUAUUUUGGCCGAAAAUAAUGCUAAAAAUGGAUUAUCAAUACUUACCGUUGAAGACAUCGCCAGUUUGAAUGUCAUUCACCAUAAUUCAGAUAAAAUUGUUUAUAGGAUGUAA